AUGAUACCUUUACAGGAGAAUGAAGGUCCAGGUCACCUGGUGCUGCCUGCCUUACUAUAUGGUUGUGAGAACUGGAUAGCAUCCAGUGCCCUACGGUACAUAGACAAAGUGACUGUACAAGAUCUUCAAACAAAGCAACUUUGGCACUUCUUGUGUAACUGUUGGCUGAGUGCUGAUCAUGGAGAUGGUGUGACCAAGAGGAAUUUCAAUGCUGCCAAAGUCAAUGAGAUCUCCAGCUUCAGGAAUAUUUUCCAGACCAGAACAUCGACUGGCUUCAGGGAUGAACACAUCUGGGUAUCUGUUGUGAAUCCUCCCUCGAGGAGUCCGUUUACACGUGCCCAGAGGGUCUCGUGCUGCAUGAGCCUGCUCCUCUGCACCAUGGCCAUCAAUAUUGCCUUUUGGAACAUUCCUGCUGAUCCAAACUCACCAGUACUCUUCUCCAUUGGUUCACUGGAAAUCACGUGGCAGGAGGUCAUUGUCGGUGUUGAAUGUGGGCUCCUCAUGUUCCCAAUUAACAUCCUCAUCAUCACCAUUUUCCAAAGCAUCAAACCUCGCCUUGUAUCAAAAGCUGAGCGGGACAAUCCUGAGAAGACAUGGGACACCCAUGCAGUUAGCGUAUCACCCAUUCUAAAGAAUUUGGCUUCAGUUUAA